GGCGUCCACCCCCCCCCUCCCAUUCAGCGCUUUCCCUCUUCUCGCAGCCUGAGUUUCUCUCUAUCGGUGUUGUUGUUAAUGCGAUGAUGGCGGCAGCGGGAUGCGGAUCAGCAACCGCGGCUGCCAUUGUGGGCGCAGGCGGCGUGGGCGCGGCGCGGGGUCGCUUCCCCGGUCGGCCUUGGUUGUCGCGGAGCCGUUUGCGUUCGGAGAAGCGAUGGCAGCUCGGCCGCUCUGGGACAGAUCUAGACGAGAUCUCCUCCAACGGAGGCCCGAGGCCCACCUGCCUGGUGCUCGCGCCGAACGAGGACCAGUCUCACUUGCGCCUUCUCGGGCUUGAGGCGAGCUACAAGAGCCUGGGAGAGGCUGGAUACAGCUCGAGUGGGAGCGAAGAGGGAGCUGAAUUCAAAGGCUUUGAAGUUCAAGAUGAAAAUAGCAGCACCCUGGUUUGCGCUGGACGAAAUGCAUGUAAACGUGUUCGUGUUUCAGCAAAGUCGUCAAAGAGGAUGCGUCAAAGGCGGUCUCUUCCAGUGUCCCCUUUAGUAGAAAGCACAGGUUCCCAAGAUUCUCAAAAUGAUUCAGGUUCUGUUCAGCAAAUUCACAGUCAAGAGUCCCUAAAGGACACAUCAGUAGAUGAUGAUGGUGAUGGUGAUGGAGGAUUGGGGAAGCGCACCAGGAGAAAAAGAGGGUCGACAAAACAGGAGACCCAGUCAACUCCAAGAAUCACAAUCAAGUUGGUGGCUAAAAAGAAAGUGGUUACAGUCCCAUCAGUGCAACGUAAAUCUGGUAAAAAACAGAAGGAAAUUAAAUCUGAAGUUACCGAGAGUCAGUGUGCCCAAAUCUCAAGUGCUCAUUUGAAAUUAAAGACAAAUGUACCAGCCAGUGAAUGCAGUGCUGGUGAGGCAAAGGAGGAGGUUUGUACUAGAAGGCGAGGAAGAUCUGCUGACAAGAAAUCAGAAUCCACUCCGCAAACAAACCCUGAAAAAGAGGCCAAUGACCAAAAACUGAAGCUGAGGAAAUCAACUCGAAGGUCUCAAAAUCCACUGCCCAGUGAAAGUAUAGAGCCAAAAUCUGAUGAAAAGUCAGCACAAGAAGGUUUAGAGGUGAAUAAGCUUGUGAUUAGGAGACAAAGUAGAAGGUCCUCAAAUGUUCCACAGGAAUCUGGUGACCAGAGUUUAGCAGAGUCGCUGUUGGAGGUCUCCACAAUUGAUGAAUCCAGGCCACCUUCAAAGAAGAAAAAAGAUAAAAAGAAAAAGAAGAAGAAAAAUUGCAAAGAAUCCGAAAGGAAAAAGGAGCCUCAUUCACCAUCAGCAAAAGAUCUUGGCCCUUCGUCUGAUGAUCCUCAAAAGCUUGCUUUCGACAGUGAUUUUGUCGGAAUUCCAGGUCUUAGACUAACAAGGAUACGAAACCCCAAAACCAGGUCUCGCAAGAAACGCUGCAAGUUUGUGUGGACUCUCACACUGGUGAAAAGGAAAAGCAAAAACUCCCAAAUUCAAGAGAAUCUAAGUAAAACCCAAGAAAGCAAAAGCAAUGAUUCCCAAGUCCAAGAUGACCUCAGCAAAACACAAGAAAUCAAAAGCCAAGAUUCUCAAGUCCAUGAGAGUCCAAGCCCCAGCACAGAGGCAGAACUUCCUGCUAAAUGUGAUGAGGAAGUAGAUGUUUCUACAGAAUCACAAUCCACAUCCGCUCCUUCCAACGUUUCGGAAACCGGUUCUUCACAGGAGUCACAAAACGUAGAGAACACUGCCAGUGCCGUAAUUCCCGAAAGCCCAGAGAACCCCGUGGCCAUUGAGAAGGUUGAGGAGACCCCAGAAAAGGAAAACGAGGAGGUUCUUGAAAGGUCAGAAAUUGCAACAGAAGCACAUCCAGAAGAGGCCACUCAGACAGACCCAGAAGAUCCGAUCAGUAGGGAUACCGUUCCACCACUUCAAAUCAAAGUUGUCUCCUCACCAGGUAAAAAUAACAGUCUAAAGCAGUCCUUUUUAAUUCAGCAAGUCACAAAGUCACCUGAAAUAAAAGAACCUGCAAAAGACCAUCAGCAUUCAGAGAAGAGUGAAAAUGUGUUGGAAAUGACUGCUACCACUCCCGACCCUAAAGUAAGGAAAAGCCUACGUCAAAACACUGCUCGGAAGAAGCGUGCAAAACAUAAACACUGGACAAUUUACAGGCGAAAGUGUAGAUUGAAUGCAUCUCAAGAAAACCCCGCUUCUGAAAGUGCAACUGAAACCGAAUCUCAGAUAGAGCAAUCAACAGUAUCACCAACAGCAGUGCCAGCGCCUGUAGAAUCCAAACCAAAAAGACAUUCUAGUAAAGUUACGCAUAAAAAAGUUAAAAGGUCCUUUCCACCAACUGCAGAACCAUUACCUGAAGCAGCCGAAAUGCAGGUCAUUGAACAAACUGUUGAAUCACCUCCAACCAAACCAUUUCUUGAGACAGAACCCCAGCCGGAGAUAAAACUUGAGACACCAUCAAUCGAAGCUGAAGAGGUUCUAGUAUUAGAGCCUUCCAUAAAGGAUCAGCCACAGGUACUUCGUCCUUCACGUCGACGAAUAAAACGGGUCAAACGAAGACGAAAGUCUCUGAUUGGACGGCGGAAUAAAAAUUCAAAAUCGCUAAAGAAGGAGUUGGUUGAGGUUAGUGAAGAUCGUCCACCGAUGGCGGGCUCUGAAGUAGAGGAGCCUAAUCUAGUUGGUAUAUUCUCAACAAAGUACAAGAGGAAACGAAUUUCGAGUCUUCAGUCAUUAGAGGGUAGACGGAAAAAGGCCAAGCUCUUAUCAAAGCAACUGAAGAACACCAACGGAGAUCAACUUUCCGAUCAGGCAGAAAAAGAUUCUAUGAAAACGGAUGGAGAUCAAGACAUCCAACACAGCAAAACAAAAUUCAUGAAAACCAUCAGACAUUUCAUAAUGCCAGUCGUGACUGCCCGAUCCUCUCGGGUUAUCAAAACCCCAAAGAGGUUCAUGGAUGAUCUUGGUAUGUCAGACCUUCCUCGCAAGAACUCCGAAAAAAAGAAGCUUGGUCUACAACCAAAAUCAAAGAAACGUGAUUCUAGUGAAAAAGGUGAACCUGGGUCCCUUCAGUCUCAGGAUGAAGACACUGUUUUGAGUGAAGCUGAUCUUGAUUUGUCUUCCACUUGGAAAUCAAAACCUAAAUCGCCCGACGACGCUGAGAUCUUCAGUGAGGAGAAGCAGCCUGGGAAAAGACGAUCGCUACUCCGAGAUCCCGGUUUCAAAUGGGGAGUGCUGAAGCCUGCCAGUGACGACGUGUAUACCUUCGAUGAAGAUCUUGACAAGGAGUUGGAGACCUUGCUAUCUGCCAAAGAUUUUACAGUGGACUCGUUUCUUGAUCCUGUCCAAAAGAAGAAGAAAUCCACAAAAUUCAAAACGCAAUCAUCAAAAUUUAGGUUAUACAAAAAGCUUAAACUCAAACAGAGUCUCGCAAGGCCUAAAAAGACCCCAAAGGACAAAAUGGAUAAAGUUGUGUCAUCCCCUGCCAAGACGGAGAAGAAGGAGUUGGAAGAAGGGGCCAGUCUAAUAAAGUCUCUCAGAGACAUGAAGAAGGAAAAAGCAAAACUCAAGAUUGAGGAUCUCAACACCCCUGGGGUUGUUCGCAAAGUCUCCAUCUGUGUACGAGCUCUGAGUGCCAAGUUGCUGGCGCAACACCAGGCAAAAGACAUCCAAAAGGAUGACCUGCCAGAUGAGUUCUCCAUUCAUACAGACAUCUCACUUCCCAAUAAAUGCAAAGACUUUGAUGAGAUGCAUCUCAAAGAAUCCAAAGCACCGGUUUCUGAGGACACUCAGAAAACUGCCGUUGACAUUGAGGAGAAAACCGCCACCCAGCGCCCUCGCCUUACAGGAGCCAACAAGCGCAUGUUCAACCUGCUCAAGAAAGCCAGGGUUCAGCUCAUCAAAAUAGACCAGCAGAAACAGCUGAAAUCAUCUGGGCUCUUGCCAGAGGGUAGAAUCACUGCAACAAAGAGACAGAGACGAAAACCGAAAGAGCGGCUUGAAAAUGCCUGUCCCAACAAGACUGAAGCUUCUCCAGAGCCGGAGCCUGCCAGAGGAGGGCCUCGCAUUAAGCACGUAUGCAGAGCUGCAGCUGUGGUUUUGGGUCAGCCUCGUGCCAUGGUCCCUGACGACAUCCCUCGACUCAGUGCACUACCCCUGCACGAGAGAUCAGAUAUAUCCCCUUCACCUGCAGAAAAAGGAGUCGAGUCUCACUCUGACCCGGAAAGCCCUGUGUUACAAGAACACAAGACACCCAAGUUUCGCCGUGGUAGAGCUCAUUUGCUUCGGAACCGGUCCCGGCGGUGUGGGGAGUGUAAAGGUUGUCUGCAUGAGGAGGACUGUGGCAGGUGCAUAAACUGCUUAGACAAACCCAAGUUUGGUGGCCCAAACACAAAACGGCAGUGCUGCGUAUACAAGAGAUGUGAUCAGGUUGAGGAAAGGAAGGCCUUGAGGCUAAGUGGCAAGCUUCAAAAAGGGCACAUGAAAAAGCGUCGCUCGUCAAUUAGUGCGGGUCACUCAAGUAAUGAAGAAGGUGAGGGCGGCGAUGGAAUCGGGCGAACGUUUCCAGCCUCUCUGGGUGACAGCCCAUCUGUGCGGAAACAGCCUCGCCGACACGUUAAACCACGUUCCUACUGCGACCUGUUGGAUUACGACUCCGACUUUGACUGGAUAGGAGGAUCAAAUUCCACCUCCCCAGCCCGCAGAAGAACUCCUGGCCUUCGCAACUCAGAUUUUCUGUCAUUUGACGACUUCGUCGGCGAUGCCUUUGACGAGGGAGUGCGGCAUCGCAGGCCUAGCUUCCACAAGGUUCCACCCAUCAAACGGAAAGUUGAGAAGAGCCCUCAGGAACAGACACCGCCCAGCGUCCUUGCAGCCCUCGCCAAUGGUUUUGCAGAGAGAGAACAGCAGCCUGCAGAACCCACAUACAAGAUCUGUGUUGAUUUUAAGGAGGACUGUAGUGUCCAGAGCGUGUGGGCGACAGGAGGUUUGAGCAUCCUCUCUUCUGUACCCCUCGUGCCCCAGUAUGUUUGCCUGCUGUGUGCCAGUAAAGGCCAACAUGAGAUGCUGUAUUGUCAAGUCUGCUGUGAGCCUUUCCAUCGCUUCUGCUUGGACCCUUCAGAGCGCCCUCUGGAGGAGAACAAGGAGAACUGGUGCUGUCGUCGCUGCAAGUUCUGCCGAGUUUGUGGACGCAAGAAUAAAGAAUCCAAGCCGCUGUUGGAGUGUGAAAGGUGUCAAAAUUGUUAUCAUCCUGCCUGUCUGGGUCCCAGCUAUCCCAAACCCAACAAACGUAAAAAGCCUUGGGUCUGUAUGACAUGCAUCCGGUGCAAGAGUUGUGGUGUGACCCCAGGAAAGAGCUGGGACACCGAGUGGAAUCAUGACAAGGGGCUGUGUCCUGACUGCACUAGGCUGUUUGAUCAAGGUAACUACUGCACCAUGUGCUUCAAGUGUUAUGAAGAUAAUGACUAUGAUAGCCAGAUGAUGCAGUGCUCCUCGUGUAGCCACUGGGUCCAUGCUAAAUGUGAAGGUCUGACAGAUGACUUAUAUGAAAUCUUGUCGAGUCUGCCUGAGAGCGUGGUGUACUCCUGUCAGCCGUGCUUACAAGAGCUGCCCGAUAGAGAGGACGUUAAUGGAGCAGGUUGGAGGGAACUGCUUGACCAGGAGCUCAAGACUGGCUUAGAUAGGGUGCUGUCUUGCCUGCUGAGCUCCACCUUCACUAAACACCUGGUCACCUGCAAGAAGUGCACUACAAUGGGUUCCCCCAACACUGUGGUUGAAGACUUGCCUGUCUGCGACUUCCGUGCUAUUGGAAAGAAGUUUGAUGAAGGCCUGUACACAUCCUUGAAAUCCUUUCACGAGGAUGUGGUGAAAGUAAUUCGCCAUCACUUGGAAGAUGAGGAAAUUCUACCGGAGGACCAAAGACCCACUGCCCUCGCCCGCUCAUAUUACCUGAAGCUCUUAGAGGAAAUUUAUGGUUGGUUUAACAGUCAGGACCCUAAAAUAUGGGAUCCACGCUCUAUACACCUGCCAGCUGGAAUGCUUUCACAUGCUGUGAUGCCCCCAAAUUAUGAACAUGUUUAUGCACAAUGGCGUGAGAGAGAUGGCUGUAGUAAGGCUUUGGACGGCGCCCCACAGAUGACUGGAAGACACAUGGGUGUUAAAAUGGGAGAAGAAGAGGAUCUGUCCACACCUUUAGCCCAUAACCCUAAAGGACACUUUAUGGACAUGAGGGCGUUACGAAUGAAUCUGAAAGGGAAGAAGGGUCGACCAGCUAAAUCUGACUUAGACACAGGUUGGCCAAAAGACGACGAGAGACAGUGCUCUCUGUGCCAAAAAUACGGUGAUGCUAAGGCCAGUGAUGCAGGGAGGUUACUCUAUCUAGGCCAAAAUGAAUGGGCUCAUGUAAACUGCACCAUGUGGUCUGCAGAGGUGUUCGAGGAGGAUAAUGGCUCACUUCUGCAUGUUCACAGUGCUGUUGCACGAGGCCGUCUGAUGCGCUGUGAACGGUGUAACCGAACUGGGGCAACGGUAGGUUGCUGCCUUACUUCGUGCCAGAGCAACUACCACUUCAUGUGCGCCCGCUUUCGCAACUGUGUCUUCCAGGAUGAUAAAAGAGUCUUCUGUUACAAGCAUCGUGACCUUAUAAGUGGAAAAAUCAUCACUGGUCAAGGGUUUGAAGUACUUCGGAGGGUUUAUGUGGAUUUUGAAGGGAUAAGUCUUCGCAGAAAGUUUUUGACUGGAUUGGAGCCGGAGUCAAUCAAUUUAAUGAUAGGUUCUUUGCUUGUAAAAAAGCUGGGAAAGCUGAGUGAAUUAUCUGCCUGUCAUGGAAAACUUUUCCCCGUGGGUUAUGAAUGCUCUCGCUGGUAUUGGAGUACUGUAAACCCCCUUCGUCGAUGCAAAUACACAUUUCGUGUUAGGGAGGUCCGGUCACCUGUUCAGGAAAAACCAGUGGAAGAGUCGCCCGAUCAGGGAGAAAAUUGCACAAUUGCCCAUAGCCCAUGCCCCCAGUCAGAAACUGAAGCCCUGGGAGGGGAUUUGUCUUUAACAAAUCCAUCCACUGAAACAAAUUCCACCUUGGUAUCUGUAUUUGCCAAACCGGACCUUGGUGCCCGCCCCAAAAUCCCUUCAUACCCCCAGAACAGAAGACCUGCUGGAGGACUAUCCAGACCACUGCCUUCUCCAGGAGCUGCCCCAUCCAAACCUCACCACAUCCUGACUAUAAGUGAUUUGGAAGACACUCGAAGGACACGACGGCAUAGCCCACACACCCAGAAUAGCGGUACCCGCAGUCACAUGGCCUCCCCUACUCUUGGAUCCCCUGCAGGCCCAAUUGCAUCUAGAGCAGGUGGUUCCCACCACCCUAAAACCUCCCAGCCUACCUCCCCAGGUUUCCCCCUUGGUGCUACUGAAAACCUGCUGACCUCUUCAUCAGCUCGUCCUGUCGGUCGAAGUGCUUCCUCUGUCCGGGGUUCUGGAAUAUUGACGCCCCAUUCUACCUCAGGACUGUUUUCACAGUCCACAAGGCAAGGUGGCAUUGGCAGCACCCCUUGCACCAACCGAUCUCUCACCUCUCCUACCCACCUCUCCACAAGACCAAGGCCUUUUGAUUUUAAUCAGAUAGACUCCGUUGAACUUCCACACAAUUUUAUAGCAUCACCACAGGAACAUCCAGGAGAAAAUGGUGCCUUGCCAUUAGGAGACCCUUUGGGUACACAAAAAGGUAAUCAUCUAGGCAGUGACGGGGAUUUCCCUUACACAUCCUUCCAUUUAGAGGCAGACCUGACUGUGGCACCUGAGCUGAGAACUGAGCUUGAAAUUGAAGAAACCGAGCUGAAUGAAGGCGUAGCUAUGAACUGCAGUGCACAAAUUGUAGUUGAAGGUGAAGACAACCAGGAAGACUUCUGGGAGCCAGAUGAAGAGAAGUCCAAAAUGUCUACCCAGAGAUCGUCUUGUACUGUUGAUCCUUGUAGGGAACACUGGGGUAAUAGUUCUUCUGAUGAGGACAUGGAAAACUACUUCAACUUCACUCGCACAGUGGUUACUUGCAAGGCUCAAAGGGAUGCCUCUCAGACAUCUACAUCUCCAUCUUUAAGGCAGAUUUCACAACUUGAUGGUGUGGAUGAUGGGACAGAGAGUGAUACAAGUGUGGCUAAUAAUGAAAACCAGGGUGUGAAAUUGUCAAAUCAAGCCCAAAAGCCACACAAACCAUUCAACGCUGUGCCUCAUGAACAAACAGCUAGCAAUGGUCUGUGUUUGGCAUUUCCAAGUCCUGUUUCUGAUUUUUCUUUAAUUCGGUUAGAACCCAUGUUCAACUCGGAGACUGUUGCUGAUCAAGAUUCUUUUGGUGUAAUGCAAACAUUGCAAUCAAGCCAAGACUCUUUGACAAAUUUCGUUGAUCAAAAGCCUUCAAACACUGCAUUUUCUACAUAUGGUAAUGAUUACCAAACCCCUCAUUUAAUGGUUGAACCAGAGACACCCUUAAUUCUUGAGAGAUGUGAUCCUCUUUCACCCAAUGCACAUUUCACAGAGUUGGUCCCAGUCCAGGAUUCUCCAAAUGACCCACAAGACUCCAAAGAAUUGUACUUGGAUCCUAGUAGUGGCCACUUUGUGUCGUCAAUGAAUGUCUCUACAGUUUACCAAAACAACCACUUGCAUGAAGAUUCUCUUGACUUAAUGGAAGUUAAUGGAAUUCAGAUUCCACAGCAACAAAAUCCUGGUCCUUCCACGGUGUUUACCAAGUCUGCAUCAUCUUCUGAUUCCUCUGCACAAGUUUCUUUUGCAACAUUCCCAAAUCAGGCACCAUCUGCAAAUGUUUCCUUGUACCCUGUCCAAACUCCUGAGGGUAAGACAGUCUUGCCACCCAUGGAGAGUUUCAGAACCAAAUUACACCCACCUGCUGAACCAAGGCAUCCCGCCCCUUCAGUUCCUGGAGGGGCAAUGCCACGUAUUCCCACAAAUUUACCACAGAAACCAGAGUCAAUGCUGUCUGUGCCAUCAGCAACUGGUGUACCUCUUGGGACUUAUGGGCCAGUUUUGGGUACAGUGUCUGUCCCAUUGCAUCCCACUUACCCACAGCCCAUCGGCUCUACAACUGUUGGCAUGAUCUCCUCCUCUGUAACUUCUCAACCAUCAGCUCAGUGCCAUUCAAUGCCUUCUGCCAUUCAGCCAGCCUCUGCUCCAGGUGUCAUCAAUGGGUACAACACCACACCUAUGCAAAGAGAAACUGCUCCAGGUCGAACAAUUUCCAUAAAUUUUUCAACCCCCAGAUCAACAGUUGAACCUCAACAACAGUUGGUUACCCAAGCAUUGCCAGGUCAUGCUAUUCUUACCGUAAAGGAGGUUGGUGGACCUAAUGUGGAUCCUACACCACAUGUUUUACUUGUUAAUCGUCUUGGUCAAAUAUUUGUCAAAAACCCUGAAAGCAACACCUUCCAGCUGCCGACUCUAAAUUCCCCUUCAUAUAACUGUGUUACUCAAAUCGCCAGCCUUUUGCAAAGCAAUGCCUUGUCUGCAACACUUGCAGCAGCUGGGAACUUGUCCCCAGUUGCAGGUGUCACCAUUCCAACCCAAGUCUCCCAAAUUGUAACUCCAUUGGUACAGACCUCCAACACCAUUACCCAGCUACUUGCCACUAGUACUAACGGAGCAGCUUCACUACCAGCAGAUGCUAAGAAGUCACGUAGGAGUGCCAAAGCUUCUGGAGAUAGAGUGAAAAAACCACGGAAUAAGAAGGAGUCUUCCACACCUAGAAGGACAAAGUCUGCAAGCACACAUGGCCCCUCUAGCAAACAAUCUACGAGUCAAAUAACAACCUCCUCAGAUACAUCAAAUCAAGCAGAAAGUGCCCAAGCUAUCAUCAACCAAGCUAUGGCUGGAUAUUAUGAUCCCAACAAGACUGUUUCCCUAAUUCCCUCAUCACCUCGUAACAGUACCGUUGUUGGGCGAACUCAGACAACAAGUUCAGUAGUUUUACCGGAAGGACUCCUUGUUGAAUCAGAGAUAAAGUCUUCCCCACCAGCAACACCAGAAGCAGCACCUCGACCAAAACAGGUUCGAAUGAAAAGAGUGUCCUCUUUAUCUGACCGUAUCGCCACCAAGAAAUCAAAAUCUGACUUUUUAGACCUGGACCGCCCUAGUGGAUUGGAAGAACCACGCAAGUCAAACUCGGUAUCAGCAAGGUAUGGAGUUCGCAUUAAAACCCCAACUGUCAAGGGAAUUCUAGACUUAGACAAGCUGAAUGAAGAGCGAAUUAGUGACUCUGAGAGUGCAAGGCCUGGACCUUGGGAUCGUCUUUCAUUGCCUCGUGGUGGAGACAGCAACAAGCCAGCAACCUGGGAUCCUGCUAACCGUAAUGCACUGUCUGACUGGAACAAAUACUCAGGGAUGCUGUCUUGUUCAGAUGAUGAGAUGCCUCCAUCAGAUGGGGAAGAGCAUAGUCCACCCAGCCGAGACCAGCCCCACCUACGCUUUGAGAUCGCUAGUGAUGACGGCUUCAGUGUAGAAGCAGACAGUAUUGAGGUCGCUUGGACCGCUGUUAUCAAGGGAGUUCAGGAGGCCCGUGCUGUUGCUGGACUGAGGCAGCUCACUUUUUCUGGGAUGAGCGGGGUGCGUGUGAUGGGAAUGCUGCAUGAUGCUGUAGUCUACCUGGUGGAACAGCUCCAGGGUGCCAAUCGCUGCCAUCGCCACACCUUCCGCUUCCACAAACAGGCCAGUCAGGAGGAAGAUCUGCCCGUUAACCCAAGUGGCUGUGCCCGCUCUGAAGUCUACCUGAGGAAGUCUACCUUUGAUAUGUUCAACUUCCUGGCGUCACAGCACAGACAGCUUCCUGACACCGACCUGUAUGAUGAGGAAGAGGAUGAGGUUCUUCUCAAAUCCACCAGGCGCGCAACAAGUUUGGAGCUUCCGAUGGCGAUGCGCUUUAGACAUCUAGAGAAGACAUCCAAGGAAGCGGUUGGUGUCUACAGAUCUGCGAUUCAUGGAAGAGGCCUUUUCUGCAAGCGAAACAUCGAGGCAGGAGAGAUGGUCAUUGAGUAUUCAGGCAUUGUCAUUCGUUCUGUUCUUACAGACAAGCGUGAGAAGUAUUAUGAUGGCAAGGGCAUUGGAUGCUAUAUGUUCCGCAUCGAUGACUUUGAUGUGGUAGACGCCACGAUGCAUGGUAACGCGGCGCGGUUCAUCAACCACUCCUGCGAGCCAAACUGCUACUCUCGAGUCAUCAAUGUAGAAGGUCAGAAGCACAUAGUUAUUUUCGCCUUGCGGAAGAUCUACCGUGGAGAGGAGCUGACCUAUGACUACAAGUUCCCCAUAGAAGAUGCCAGCAACAAGCUCGGCUGCAACUGUGGCGCUAAGCGCUGUCGGCACUUCUUAAACUGAAAAGGAGCUUGGAGAAGUUGCAGUGCAACUGCACGACAGUGGAGUUAGACGGGUAAAAAUGGUAGAUUGAGGCUUGACG